ACACACCAAACAAUCUUCAUUCUUCUAAGUCCAAAAUAUCAAUUCUCUCUCUCCCUAGCUAAUAGCUAUAGUCCCUCUCAUACAUUCUUUCUUUCAUUUCUUACUUCUUAGUAAUCCCCUACCACAUAAAAAGAAAAAUGAAGUUGCUAUCUACAAAAGCCACAUGCAACUCUCAUGGCCAAGAUUCUUCAUAUUUCCUAGGAUGGGAAGAAUAUGAGAAAAACCCUUAUGAUGUAGUUCAAAAUCCUAAAGGAAUUAUUCAAAUGGGUCUUGCAGAAAAUCAGCUAUCUUUUGAUCUUUUAGAGUCAUGGCUUGCUAAGAACCCAGAUGUAGCUGGAUUUAAACGUGAUGGAAAAUCAAUAUUUAGAGAGCUUGCUCUCUUUCAAGAUUACCAUGGUCUCCCUUCUUUCAAGAAAGCAUUGGUAGAUUUCAUGGCUGAGAUUAGAGGAAACAAAAUCACUUUUGAUCCAAAUCACAUUGUUCUAACUGCUGGUGCUACUUCUGCAAAUGAGACACUCAUGUUUUGCCUUGCUGAACAAGGAGAAGCUUUUCUUCUUCCCACUCCUUAUUAUCCUGGAUUUGAUAGAGACUUGAAGUGGAGAACUGGGGUGGAGAUAGUUCCAAUACAAUGCACAAGCUCAAACAAUUUCCAAAUCACAGAAUCAGCUUUGCAACAAGCUCAUGAAGAAGCAAAGAAAAAGAACCUAAGAGUCAAAGGUGUCUUAGUCACAAAUCCAUCAAACCCACUAGGCACUACAAUGUCAAAGAGUGAAUUAAACCUUCUCAUUGACUUUAUCAAAGACAAAGACAUGCAUUUAAUAAGUGAUGAAAUUUAUUCCGGUACAGUUUUCACCUCUCCAAACUUUGUCAGCGUCAUGGAAAUCCUUAAAGAAAGAAAUGACCUUAAGGAUUUCGACGCUAACGUUUCAGAAAGAGUUCACAUUGUUUAUAGUCUCUCCAAAGACUUGGGUUUACCAGGUUUUCGUGUUGGCGCUAUAUACUCUGAAAACGACAUGGUCGUUGCAGCUGCAACAAAAAUGUCGAGCUUUGGUUUGGUUUCAUCACAAACUCAAUAUCUCCUCUCAGCUAUGCUAGGUGACAAAAAAUUCACAAGAAACUAUAUUUCUGAAAAUCAAAAGAGACUUAAAAAAAGACAAAGAAUGCUUGUAUUAGGGUUACAAAAAGCUGGCAUUAGUUGUCUCAAAACAAAUAAUGCUGGUUUGUUUUGUUGGGUUGAUAUGAGAAAUCUUCUUAGUUCCAACACAUUUGAAGCUGAAAUGGAAUUAUGGAAAAAGAUAUUAUACAAUGUUAAGUUGAACAUUUCCCCGGGUGCAUCGUGUCAUUGCACCGAACCGGGGUGGUUUCGUGUUUGUUUCGCUAACAUGUCGGAAGAUACAUUAAACCUAGCUAUGAAAAGGUUAAAGGAUUUUGUUGCAAACAACAAUGGUGAAGAGUGUAGUAGUAAUAAAAGAACUAGAAGUACCCAAGCUUCUAGAAGUUUUUCAAGGAAAUCACUUUCCAAUUGGGUCUUCCGGUUAUCUUCUCGUGAUCGUCAUGAACAAGAAGAAAGAUAGCCUGGUUAUGGUGUGAACUAGCCAUGCAUGAUGUGCUCACAAUUAUAUAUUAUUAUUAAUUAACUUUUAUUUAUUGUUUUUACUCCACGGCCAAAUAUUUUUUUGGUGGAGUUAGGAUCCCACUUUUAUUUUAUUUUUAUUUAUAAUGGUGAAAUUAAGAAAAACGCACUCUAUCCAUUUGGAUGUGAAGUGUGAGCUGUAGGAUUAUGAUAUGUUAAUUUUAAAGUAUGCAUGAAAAAUGUUGUUGAUGUGUGUGAUCAAAUGAAAAGUUUGAGGUAUAUAAUUAUCAAAUAGUCUCUAUUACAUAUA